AUGGGACGAAUAGAUCGAAUCGAGACUGAAGAUUUCAAGUCCUAUCGCGGCCGUCACGUUAUCGGCCCCUUCAAACAGUUCACAUGCAUUAUUGGUCCCAAUGGGGCGGGUAUACUUUUAGUUGUGGAGAGUCACCGAAUAGGAAAAUCAAAUUUAAUGGACGCGAUCAGCUUUGUUUUGGCCAUUCCCAUAAAGAACUUGCGUAGUACGAAUCUAAGAGAACUAGUGUUUCGGAAUGAGAGUCAGCAUUUUGUGGCGCGCACCUGCUCCGUCUCCAUGUUUUAUAUGACCGAUGAGUCCGAUCAGAAUGUGGAACCUGGGCAAGAGAUCGAAUUCUAUCGUCAGGUGAAAGAGAAUGGGCAGUCCCAAUUCAAGAUCAACGGAAAGGCCUACAGAUAUGAAGAUUACCUGUCCAAAUUAGCUGAUUGUAACAUCCUUGUAAAGUGCCGCAAUUUUGUGGUGUACCAGGGCGAUGUGCAAAACAUUGCUGCCCGCUCUCCCGAGGACCUCGCUCGUUUGUUCGAGGACCUCUCCGGGAGCGCCGACAUGAAGCAGCAGUACGACGAGCUGCGCGCCGAACGCGACCGUCUGCGCAACAUCAUGGACAUGAACCUGAAGAAGAAGUACACGAUGAUCUCGGAGAAGAAGCUAGUCCAGGAGCAGAAGCGCGAGGCCGACGAGUUCCAGGAGAAGCAAAUGACGCUGCGCGACCUGCGCGUGGAGUACUUUUUGUGGCAGCUGCAGUACCUCCAAUCGAAUUUGGAGGCGCAGCAAGCGCGCGAGGCGCAGCUGGAUCGCGAGCGCGAGCUCUGCGAGCGGAACGAGGAGAAAGCGCGGGAGACGAAGGACUCGAGCCAACGCAGCAUGGCGCAGCUGCGCGAGGAGCUGAAGAGCGAGGAGGCGAAGCAGCAGCGGAUCAACGAAGCGAUCCGCCAGAAGCAGCCGGAGAGCGUGAAGCUGAGCGACCGGAUUCGUCGCAACGAGUGCUCGUUCGCCCCUCUCUUGAAGCCUAGAGCGCGGAUUCGGCAGUGCGACGCGGCCAUCGCGCGGCUGCGCAGCGAGCAAUCGACGCUAGAGGCGGAGGACCGCGCUCUGGAGGAGGAUCUGCACCGCAUGAACGUGACGCUGGAGGCGCUGGCGGAAGCCGUUCCGAAGACGCAGGCGGGCGUGGCGAUGUCGGAGGCGCAGAAGGCGCGGUACGCGGAGCUGAAGGAGGAGUUCGACCGACAGGCGGGCUUCCUGGUGCAGGCGAACGAGGCGAAGCGGCGCGAGCGCGCGACGGUGCAGACGCAGAUCAAGCAGAAGCGCGAGCAGAUGGAGAGCCAUCGGCAGGAGCUGGAGAACACGCGUAAAGUGGUGCAGGAGCUGCGCGGCCAGGAGCAGCGACUGCAGAGCAGCGCGAAGGACGCGGAGAAGAUGGCGGCGGCGCUAGCGGCGCGGAGCGAGGAGAUCCGAUCGGACUUCGCGUCGCUGAGCGAGCAGCUGCACGAAAAACGCGGGGAGAUGGAGCGGCUGCAGGCGGAGCUGCGCGGCGCGGCGGAGAGCCGGGAGAGCUCGAGGCGCGACGUGCAGCGCCGCGAGUGCGUGGAGCGACUGAAAGAGCUGUACCCCGACGUGCGCGGACUGCUGCUGGACAUCUGCGUGCCCUCGCUGCAGAAGUACAACGUGGCCGUCAACGUCGCGCUGGGGAAGCAUCUCGACGCCGUCGUGGUCAACACCAAGCAAGUCGCCGUGGAGUGCGUGCAAUACCUGAAGGAGCAGCACAUGCCGCCGCUGGACUUCUACCCGCUGGACUCGCUGCGCCCCAAAGACAUCCGCGUGGAGAUCCGGUCGGAGCUGAAGCGGUCCGGGUGCAAGCUCUUCUACGACCUGCUCAAGUUCGACGCGGACGUGGAGGUGGCGGUGCGCUACGCGAUCGGGAACGCGAUCUGCGCGAGCUCGCUGGCGACGGCGCGGCGACUGGCGUACGAGACGCGGAUCGGGGAGAAGAUCGUGACGCUGGAGGGCGAGGAGAUCAGCAAGAGCGGAGCGAUGACGGGAGGCUGGGGCUGGAGCGCGGCGAAGCGCGGCGAUCGGUUCACGGAGAGGGAGCUGGCCGCGAAGACGGAGCGGCUGGGCGUUCUGGAGAAGGAAUGCGCGGAGAUGGAGAGGCGCGUGCAGCGCGUGGCCGCGACGUCCGACGCCGUGCGGCAGGUGGAGAUCGACCGCGACCGCUACGCGAGCAAGCAGCGAGUGCUGGCGUCGGAGCUGGAGGCCGUGCGAUCCAAGCUGCAGGGCUACGCUGCGCGCAUCGCCACGCUGGAGACCGACCUCGCGCAGGCGCAGCAAGCCCUGCAAGCCCUGCAGCGCGACGAGGACGGACUGGUCUCCGCGCUCUCCGCGCUGCUGCAGAAGCUCACCGUCGCGGAGAAGCGCGUCUAUGGGUCCCUGCUGGACGAGCUGGGCGUGGAGAGCCUGCAGCAGCUGGAGACGGAGAUGGUGGGCAAGCUGCGCGAGAACGAGGCCAUGCAGGCGGAGUGCCGCACGCACAUCGCGCUGCUGCAGACCAAGAAGAAGUACGGCCGCGAGCGGCUGCAGAGCGCGCAGCGCGAGCUGGCGGAGCAGGCGGCGGCGCGGAGCAAAGCGAGUCGGCGGCUGGAGGAGCUGCGCGGGCGCGCGGAGAGCGAGGACGCGGGGCUGCGCGCGCUGGACGAGGAACUGGAGGCCGCGCAGGUGGCGAUCGUGAAGGUGCAGCGACGCAUCCGGGAGGAGGAGGGACGCAUCGGCGUGGUGGACGCGCGCAUCCGCGAGAAACGAAGCCAGGCGAAGAAGCUGGACGACGCGGCGUCGAGCGUGCGAUCGGCGAUCACCAUCCUGCAGACCAAGCGGAACGCGAUUCUCCGCUCCGCCGCGAUGGAACAGAUCGAGAUUCCGCUGCUGCCGGGGAGAGAGAGCGAGGCAGGAGCCACGGAGGAGAGCGAGGGAGCCACAGGAGCCACGGGAGCCACAGAAGCCACGGGAGCGAUGGAGGUGGAGUCUGAAUUCGCGGAGACGAGCACGGGGUUUUCCCAGCAGUACACGCAGCGAUUGGAGAUGGCGAUCGACGAGGACGACGCGAUGAUGCGGCGCAUCGACUUCUCGAAGUGCAGCAAGCCGACGGAGCUCUCCGAGCUGGACUACGCGCGCGUGGACGAGGAGUUCCGCGGGCGGAUCGGGCAGAUCGCGUCGGAGCUGGACCGCAUGCAGCCCAACCUGCUCGCCGAGAAGAAGUUCCUCGACCUCUCGGAGCGCGUCUCCGCGAUGAACGCCAGCCGCAAGAAGCUCGUCGCCGCCUUCCACGACGCCAACCAGGCCUUCCUCGCCUGCAGCGACACGCGCAAAUCGCGGUUUUUGGAGGCUUUUCAGCUGGUGGAGGCCGCCAUCGACGCCACCUACAAGGACCUCACGCGCAGCGUGCAGUUCGCCACCGGCGGGCAGGCCGUGCUCACGCUGACCAACCCCGACGAACCGUAUCUGGGCGGGGUGAAAUACACGGUCAGUCCCGUGGGGAAGCAGUUCCGCGACAUCCACCAGCUGUCCGGGGGCGAGAAGACGAUCGCGACGCUGGCGCUGCUGUUUGCGCUGCAUCGGUUUAGAAGGGCGCCGUUUUUGGUGCUGGACGAAGUCGAUGAUGCGCUCGACAAUGCCAAUGUCCAGAGGGUCGCCAAGUAUAUCGAGGAGAACGCCAGGCACACGCAGUGCAUCGUGAUUUCCCACAAGGAUAUGCUGUUUGAACGCUCCGAUGCCCUCGUCGGAGUGUAUCGCGAUUGGAGGGAGGACUCCUCCGCCGUCCUCACGCUCGAUCUGGGCAAGUACGACGCGGCGGAAGAGGCGUAG